CCGAGCAGCGCGAUGAUGUGGUGGAUGGUUCUGUCGUUUGUGGUGCUGAGUGUGAGCGGCCAGGGGAACUCUGAGCUACCCUACCCCCUCACGUGCAGCUCAGCCACAUGCUCCAACAACGGACGGUCAGUUCGACGGUCAUCCGGUCUGUCCGUCCUCCUCUGCCAUCCAUCCAUCCAUCCAGUGGCAUGUGUGUGGCGUGUACGUGUGUAUGUGAUACUGCAGGUGCACCGUCCAGGGUCUGUGCGUGUGCGACACAUGGUACUCGGGGCUGCGCUGCGACAAUGGUCAGAUCCACGCACAUCCAUUCAUCCAUCGUUGAGAGAAAUGGCCUGCCUGUCUGUCCGUUUCGUUGUUUGCAGAGGUGGAGAAAAAGAUAUCGUUCGAAGCGGGUCAGUGGGUCAGUCAGGUGGCAGCCCACACUUGGUUGUUGAAGGCAACGCAAAGAUACGUUCUGUGUGUGGUGGGUGUGAAUACAUGUGUGGCUGGCUGCAGAGGGUAUGAGCGACGGGUCCUUUGCCGGCAUGAUAGUUGCGUGGGUGAUUGGCUUCCCCAUCGUCCUCGCCCUCAUCGCAGUGCCCGUCUACCUCAAGUUGGUCAGAGCGCAGUGACAGACCUCACCAACCUAUCCAUCCAUCCCACCAAGCAGAG